AUGGAGUUGAUACAAAUGAAAUUAUUGUUUGCUAGUAGUCCUUUAGAUGCAAAUGUUUUUUGUGGCAGUGAAGAUGGUGGUGAUCAUGCAACAGUAAGGGUUUGGGAUGUUUCCAAAACCAGGAAAAAGAACUGUGUAGCUACAUUAGAUAAUCAUCGAUCAACAGGGACUUCUUUGGCAAUAUCUGAAGACGGAUGGACACUACUUAGUGGUGGAAGAGAUAAGGUUGUAACAUUGUGGGAUCUUCAUGGUUAUAGCAACAAGAAGACUGUCAUUACAUAUGAGGCAGUUGAAGCUGUUUGUGUAAUUGGUGCUCACAAGUGA